GCCAGGACCGCACACUGGGCGCCAUGGAGUUCACGGCGUCGCCCAAGCCACAGCUCUCCUCCCGGGCCAACGCCUUCUCCAUCGCCGCGCUCAUGUCGAGCGGCGGCUCUAAGGAGAAGGAGGCCACGGAGAACACCAUCAAACCACUUGAACAAUUUGUUGAGAAGUCCUCUUGUGCCCAACCCCUGGGUGAACUGACCAGCCUGGAUGCUCACGGGGAGUUUGCCGGUGGCGGCAGCAGCAGCAGCCCCUCCUCCUCCUCCCUGUGUACUGAGCCUCUGAUCCCCACCACCCCCAUCAUCCCCAGUGAGGAAAUGGCCAAAAUUGCCUGCAGCCUGGAGACCAAGGAGCUCUGGGACAAAUUCCACGAGCUGGGAACAGAGAUGAUCAUCACCAAGUCGGGCAGGAGGAUGUUUCCCACCAUUCGGGUAUCCUUUUCCGGCGUGGAUCCUGAGGCCAAGUACAUAGUCCUGAUGGACAUCGUCCCCGUGGACAACAAGAGGUACCGCUACGCCUACCACCGGUCCUCCUGGCUGGUGGCUGGCAAGGCAGACCCACCGCUGCCAGCCAGGCUGUAUGUACACCCAGACUCUCCUUUCACUGGUGAGCAGCUACUCAAGCAGAUGGUGUCUUUUGAAAAGGUGAAACUCACCAACAAUGAACUGGAUCAGCAUGGCCAUAUAAUUUUGAACUCCAUGCACAAGUACCAGCCGCGGGUGCACAUCAUUAAGAAGAAAGACCACACAGCCUCGUUGCUCAAUCUGAAGUCUGAAGAAUUCAGAACAUUCAUCUUUCCAGAGACUGUUUUCACAGCAGUCACUGCCUACCAGAAUCAACUGAUAACCAAGCUGAAAAUAGAUAGCAACCCUUUUGCCAAAGGAUUCCGGGACUCCUCCAGGCUCACUGACAUUGAGAGGGAAAGUGUGGAGAGUCUGAUCCAGAAGCAUUCCUAUGCCCGCUCACCCAUCCGUACCUAUGGAGGAGAAGAUGAUGUGCUGGGGGACGAGGUUCAGACAACACAGAAUAGAGGGUCAGCCUUUACGACAUCUGAUAAUUUGUCCCUCAGCUCCUGGGUCUCUUCUUCCUCCACUUUUCCUGGAUUUCAGCACCCCCAGUCCCUCGCUGCUCUCGGCACCAGUACAGCAUCCAUAGCAACACCCAUUCCUCACCCUAUACAGGGUUCUUUGCCGCCAUACAGCCGACUUGGGGUGCCUCUGACCCCAUCGGCCAUUGCCGGCUCCAUGCAGGGGAGCGGCCCGACAUUCCCCUCCUUCCACAUGCCCCGGUACCAUCACUACUUUCAGCAGGGGCCCUAUGCUGCUAUCCAAGGACUGCGCCAUUCCUCUGCAGUGAUGACACCAUUUGUAUGACUCUUCUAAACCUAGGAGAAUCCAGAUCCAGAAUGUGCAAAUGGGUAUGGAAAUGUGGGAUGGGGUGGGGUAGGGUGGGUGGGAUGUAGGGUGUGGAGC